GUAGAAGCUUUCUCUGGUUUCCCAGGAAUGCCCAGAAUAAAAAUACACCCCACAGCAAAAGUCAGAAAUGUAAUGACAAUGUUUUGAUUACUGGUGUUGCGCUGUUCGUCCAGCAGGAGCCGCUGCACUGAAGCCAGUUCCUCUGUUCUGUGGUGUUUAGGGGGUCCAGUAAGGUCCAGCCACACAGACCAGCGUCUACAACAGCAGGACAAACUUCAGCACAGACUUGUCUUCUGGAAAAGCACCACCACACAUUAUCCUCCAGAUUCGGAUUAGGAGCAGAGUCCUUCUGGAAGCGCGCGAACAUGGACGAUCUAGAUGCAUUGCUUGCAGAUCUGGAGUCUUCCACCGCCCAUAUCUCCAAGUGCCCAGUGUUUCUGCCCGAGGAGACGCCGUACUCGUACCCCAGUGGAGGUCAGCUGUUUCAGGAUGACUCUCCUCCUCCACCGCUGCCUCCUCCACCUUCAGCUGAAGCCCUGAACGGAUCUCUCUCCCCACGGCCGGACUCACAACAGUCUCUGGGCUCUGUUCAAAAAAGUACAUUGUCUCGGGACAGCAGUCCACCAGCCUCUCGUACGGAAGAAGACCACGUUUACAGUUUUCCCAACAAGCAGAAGCACUCAGACUCCUCGGCCACAGCCAUGACUUCCGCCUUGGGUAGCAACCUGUCUGAACUAGACCGACUUCUUCUGGAGCUCAAUGCUGUACAGCAAAAUGCCCCAUCUUACUCCACUACAGAAGAUGCUGCACCUCCAUUGCCGCCUUGCAGUGUUGCCCACUAUAUCCAAGAGAAUGGAGCCCACCCAAGCAUUACACUGACACCGGCUGCCCAGGACAAGCCUCAGAGGAAUGGAACAAAGGGGACAGAUGAUGGGCGUCCCACUGUAGAAAGUCUUCUGAAUGAGUUGGAGAGCUCUGUGCCUUCCACAACACCCAGCCCAUGUGCUUUGACAAGCAAUUUGACUGACGGCCAGUUGGACGCACCUUCCGAGCAGCAGGGCAGAAUUUCAGCAACCUCUGCCACACGAGAACUUGAGGAGCUCAUGGCCUGCCUCUCAGACUUUAAGGUGCAGAGCAAUCCAAGUUCUUUAGGCUCCCUGAACUCUGAGCCACUGUUUGAGCAAACUACUACCACAGCUGAAAUCCACCCUCCUCCUACGACUACCGUGUCCAAAUCCCUGUCCCCUACCUUACCAGCAGAAUCUAGGCAAUUUUCUCCAGGUCCUUCAAGCUUUGAACUGCACAUUGUGGAGGAUUCUGGUGAACCAGGGGCUGUGCCUCUACCUUCCAAUGGUGUAUUUAAGUCUUACUCUCGACUGUCUCCCCCUCCAGCAUCUAGUCCACGUUUCUCUCCAGCGCCUGACUUGGGCUUGGAUUCUGCCAUUGAUGUUUCUGCUUCCCUGCUCUCCUCUGAGGUGGAAUCUCUAGUUGUUCUAUCUCAGACUAUACCCAUGACUUCUGCACCUAGAGGUCAGUACCUUUCUCCUGUCAGAGAGGGGAGUCCAUCUGCCAAAUUGAUGAACUCUGGACUGAACUCCUAUUCGCCUAACACCAAGUCUCCUAGUCCAAGAAGUUCACCAGCGAUUAGCAGAGUCAAUGAACGAGUUAGUCCUUUGAUGACACCGGCAUCUAUAGAUCUCUAUCUCUCCAGACCUGAAACAAAACCUUUGAGCCCAGUGCCAUCCCUUCCCAGGUCUCCACUUCCUGCAGUCUCUGAAUCAUCUUUUCUGUCUCUUCCCAAAGCUCUCUCACCUCCUCCUAUCAUACCCACUUCCCCAACUCUUGGGGUUUCUAAGUCUCCAAGCCCAAAACAAGAAUCAGCAUAUCUUGAGCCAGUUGUUUCUCUCAAACCGCACCUUGAACCACCAACCUAUGAGCCUUCACUUGAUGAUGCCUUGGAUAAACUUCUCGCCAUGAGCUUCAGCAGGCCUGAGAAUGAGACUCAUAUCACAGCAUCAGCUUCUUCACAACUCACUUCGGAAGCACAACCAGAAAUCUAUGAGGAGUCGAUAGUUGCAGCAGAUCGCAGUGACAUUCAUCCUGAUACUCACACAGAAAGUGAAAUGGGAGAUGGGCUCUUGGAGGACCAGUCAGACUGCAGGAGUGAUCUCGACUGGGCUGACAUGGAGCUGAAGAUGGCCUACGAAGGACCUGAUGGCUCCAUGACUCCCAUGACUGAGGCAAGCUGGAUGGAUGACUCUCUCACUCCGUCAUCUUGCCCUGGAACCCCAGAUGCCCAGAUGGAUCUUCCCAUGCUCCAUAUGGCUGGCACAAUGGACAGGAUCUCAGCCUCUGGACAUAUCAAAUCAGUGAUCAGACGCACAAAGGAGAUUCAAAAUGUCCAUCCCAUGUACCGAGAUGGCCUGAUACGUAGGAAGAUGGGCCCCCUGAUUUUCCACAAGAGCAACUCUCAGGACCGGCUCAUUGAAGAACUGCAAGGCAAGCUGGGAAUUGCCCGCAAAGAAAAAGCAAAAAAGCAGCAACCAGACGAUUGGCUCACUGAAGGUGUCAUCGUCAUGUCCAACCCCAAACGCUCACGGGAAGACCACAACAGGGAUGUGGAUAAGAUAAUCAUACCCCCUGAGUCUCCUCUUCCUCAGAGGAAGAUGAUCCUACCUCCCCAAUCUCCCCCUAUGCCUCGCCCUCCACCCCCUGCUGAAGAACCCAAGUGCCCCCCUGUGGUUAAAUUAGCCCCUGCCCCUCUGCCUCCACCCCCUCCACCAGCCCCUUCCCCCCCUCCAAGAGAGCCUACCCCUCCCCCCCAGCCAACUCUGCCACCAGUGCCACCCAAACCCCCAACCCCUGAACCUGUGGUAGUUCCAGCUCCCUCCCCGAAGCCCAAACCCGCACCCCCACCCAGUCCUAUCCCUCCACCUGCCCCUGUGUCCCCACCCAAAGUCUUGGCGUCGGUGGGCUGCCAGACGGAGUACGACCCACUCUUCCCACCAUUGCAGAUCAUGGCCCAGGGCAAGGGCCCACACGGACAGGCUAACAAACUGGACAACAUGCUGGGCAGUCUUCAAUCUGACCUCCACAAGCUGGGAGUGCAAACGGUUGCCAAAGGAGUGUGUGGUGCCUGCAGCAAACCCAUAGUUGGCCAGGUGGUAACUGCAAUGGGGCGCACAUGGCAUCCUGAGCAUUUCGUGUGCACACAUUGUCAAGAGGAGAUUGGUUCCAGGAACUUCUUUGAGAGAGAAGGACAGCCAUAUUGCGAGAGGGAUUAUCACCAUUUAUUCUCUCCAAGAUGCUACUACUGUAACGGACCCAUCCUGGACAAAGUGGUAACGGCGUUAGACAGGACGUGGCAUCCUGAACACUUUUUCUGUGCCCAGUGCGGGGCGUUCUUUGGUCCUGAAGGAUUUCAUGAGAAGGAUGGGAAGGCAUAUUGCCGUAAAGACUAUUUUGACCUGUUCGCGCCUAAAUGUGGCGGCUGUGCUCGUGCCAUCCUGGAGAACUACAUCUCUGCCCUGAGCUCUCUCUGGCAUCCAGAGUGUUUUGUGUGCAGGGAGUGUUUCACGCCCUUCGUCAAUGGCAGUUUCUUCGAGCAUGACGGUCAGCCAUACUGUGAGGUUCAUUAUCACGCCCGGCGCGGCUCGCUGUGCUCCGGCUGUCAGAAGCCCAUCACAGGCCGCUGUAUCACAGCUAUGGGCAAGAAAUUUCACCCUGAGCAUUUCGUCUGUGCCUUCUGCCUCAAGCAGCUCAACAAGGGCACCUUUAAAGAGCAGAACGACAAGCCGUACUGCCAGGGCUGCUUCAUCAAGCUCUUCAGCUAGACGUGUGCCUGAGCGAAUGAGUGUGUGAGACUUUGCGUGUUGUUUUGUUUGCCUGUUUUAUGGGUGUUUGAUAUUCAGGUCUGACUCUCGACAUCCCACAUGACGUUGACGGUCGGGUUGAAAUGAUGGUGCCGUGCAGAGCUGUAGUGAUAAAUCGAUGCAUUGCUAUCUCUGAGAUUUCCCAAAUGCAUUGCAAUUCUCUCUUGAAUGGAUUCAGAGCUUUGUUGAUAACAGUAGAUGGUUAUGUGUGAUUCACAAACUGCCGUAUUUUGCUUGCAUCCAAUUCCAUACACAUACCACUCGAUCACAGUAACCAUUUUCAUAGUAAGCUUUAUUUACAUUAAUUACUUUUAUAUAGUAUAAAAGCUGAUGUGUGUCAUUUGCCACACACUGAAUUCAGCACGGGAUGCCUUUUAGAAUCAUAAACAGUUUUCUAUGAGGGCAAACACACCAGCGUCACCAUUCGCCAUCUGUUUGUGUUGCUUAUUAACAAACAACUGUGUAGUAAAGACGUGCAGUGGCCAGUGUUCAACCCGCUUUACAGUACAUGACUUAGCUGUAUGCAUAAACGCUUUUCUUUAUGAACAUUUGGUGUAUAGUAAAAAAAAUUGUCCUUAAAAAUAUCACAACCUGCUAUUAAAAUCUAGCUUAGAGCACCACUUUCUGUUUAAAACUAGCCUAAAGUGCCAUUUGUUGUCAGAAACUAACCUUGUGCUCCAUCUGCCUAAAGUGCCGUCUGCUAGCCUAAAACACCACCUGCUAUUAAAAACUAGCCUAGUGCAUCCAUGCCUAGAAAGCAAUCUGCUAAAACUAACCUAUAGUGCCAUCUGCUGGUAAAAACUAGCCUAGAGUGCCAUCAGCUAGUAAAAACUAGCCUAGAAUGCCAUUAGCUAGCUAACCUAGAAUCACAUCUGCUAUUUAAAACUAUCCUAGAGUGCCUAGAGCACCAUCAGCUAACUAGCCUAGAGUGCCACUUGCUUGUCAAAACUAGUCUGGAGUGCCAUCUUUUUGUAGAAACAAGCCUACAGUGCCAUUAGCUGGUAAACACAAGCCUAGAAUGCCGUAAGCUAGCUAACCUAGAAUCACAUCUGCUAUUUAAAACUAUCCUAGAGUGCCAUCUGCUAAUAAAAAUCAGCCUAUGGUACCGUUAGCUAACUAGCCUAGAAUGCCAUCUACUGAUGAAAACUAGCCCAGAGUGCCAGCAGCUGUUUAAAAAUAGCCUAGAGCAUCAUCAGCUAGCUAGCCUAGAAUACUAUUUGCUGUUAAAAACUAGCCUAGAGCGUCCAUGCUGAAUAAAACUAGAGUAGAACGCCAUCAACUAGUUAGCUUAAAAUGGCAUCUGCUGGUCAAAACUAGACUAGAGCAUCCAUGGUGUUUAAAACUAGCCUAGAGUGCCAUCAGCUGGAAAAAAUCUAGCCUAGAGCGUCCAUACUGUUUAAAACUAGCCUAAAACACUAUCAGCUAGCUAGACUACAAUGCCAUUUGCUAUUUAAAACUAGCCUUGAGUGUCAUCUAGUAGUGUAAAAAACACCUGCCAUGAAAAACUAGCCUAUUGCAUCUAUGCUGUUAAAAACUAGCCUAGAGUGUCCAUGUUGUUAAUAACCAGCCUAGAGCACCAUCACCUGUUUAAAAUGAGCCUAGAGCACCAUCAGCUAGCUAGCCUAGAAUGCCAUCUGCUGUUUACAAAUUAGCCUAGAUCGCUAACAGCUAACUAGCCUAGAGGGCUAUGAGCUGUUAAAAACUAGCCAAGAAUGUCAUCUGUUGUCUAAAACUAGCCUAGAGUGCCAUCAGCUAACUAGCCUAGAGGGCCAUCUGCUCGUAAAAUCUAGCCUAGAAUGCCAUCUGCUGUCUAAAACUAGCCUAGAGCGCUAUCAAUUAACUAGCCUAAAUAGUCAUGAGCUGUUAAAAACUAGCCUAGAAUAGCAUCUGCUGGUAAAAACUAGCCUAGAAUGCCAUCUGUUGUUUAAAACUAGCCUAGAGCACUAUCAGCUAACUAACCUAGAGGGUCAUCUGCUGGUAAAAACUUGCCUAAAGACUGCUGUUACAAACAAGCCUGAAGCACUACUGCUAUUACACACUAGCACAGAGCACUAUAUGUGGUUUAAAACUAGAAUAGAGCACUAUCUUCCAGUAAAUACUAGCAAAGAGUAAACACUUGCCUAGAGCAACACCUCCUGUUGAAAACUACCCUAGAGCACCAUCUGCUGUUAGAAACUAAUCUCAGAAUUGGUUGCAGAGAGAAUUGUGUUGCAUUCAGAAGAUCUAAGCCAGGGGUGCUCAAUCCUGUUCCUGGAGAUCUACCUUCCUGUACAGUUUAGCUCCUACCCUGAUCAAACCCACCUGAACCAAUUAAUUAGGACCUGAAAUCCACUUAAUAAUUACAGACAGGUGUGCUUGAUAAGGGUUGCAACUGAAAUCUGCAGGAAGGUAGAUCUCCAGGAACAGGAUUGGCCACUCCUGAUCUAAGCAGUGAGCCACACAUGUCUUGCCUUGAUUUAUCUCCACAGCUCCAGUGUCGUGGUUCAGUAGGUGCUCUGGAAAGCCAGGUUGUUUUUAGAGGGUGAGGAAUGUUCAGCUGAUGUUUGAGCUGGGGUUUUGGAGAAAGUGUGUGAAAAUGUUUUCUGCUCACUGGUUGAGCUGAAGUGAAGCUGUUCGAUGAAGAAAACGGCUCAGAGGGGUUGAUGGGAAAUGUGUGCAGCAUGAGACGCAAUCAACAGAGAUUAAUGACCUGGAAAUGAACAGAAUAACCAAUUGAUGAAUGUAAUGAACAAUUAUGCAGGUCAUAUAUCACCCGCAAACCAAAAGGAUGAAUAAGAAAUUAUAGACAUCUAGUUAAAAAAAAUUAUUAUGAUUUUUUUCAUCAUUCAUUCAUUUUCCUUCGGCUUAGUCUCCAUUUUAGAGGUCGUCACAGUGGAAUGAACCACCAACUAUUUCUGAAUAUGU